AGCGUGUUUUGCAUAUUAAAAUAGCAAUCAGCCCCAGGUUCCUGGAAAGCAUGAAUGUGUAAACGUUCUGAUAUAAUAAAUCAAUCAUUAGCGCAGCCAACAGCCAUUAAGAAUGGAGUCAACAAUGGGCUGAGUGUCCAGCCCUCUCAAAACUAUACUUCAUUCAAUAUUUUACUCUCAUAUGCACAGAGAAACAGACAGCCCUCGCGCGCAUCCACACCUACUUAAGGUUUAUUUCUUUUCUUUUUUUUUUCCGUGACGGAAAGUCCACUUCGGUUUUUGUGUGAAGCUCCAAAAAUCUAUGAAAUGUGUUUGCAUGUUCUUCUCCGGGCGCGAGGAUGUGGAGGUGGGAUAGAGAGACGCGAGAGGCUGGAGGAGCGCACGCGCUCGCUCUCGGACAAAGUGCGUUCUGCGUGUAUCUGCCGGUGUUUGGGCUUUGCUGAAGGAAGCAGCGAGAAUAAUUCGGUCUGGGAUUCUCAGGCCUUAGUGAACGGACCCCUGAGAUGUUCUUGAGGCUCGACUAGUGUGGACCAGUGGUCUGAUUCUCCAGCUGUGCACUCGUCAAUCUCGUCUUGGCUUCAGUCCUGGUAGGAACAUUGCAACUCUAUUCCCUGUUCAUCCUAAGCUCCCACAUCUCCCUCUCCCUCCCCCUCACGUCGUGGCCCAUGUCUGCCAGUGGAGGGUCCAUGGAGGGAAGUCGAGCCGUAGAGGAUGAGGAGGCGCAGGACAGCUGCUGCGGGGAUGAAGACUCAUCCCCAGUGGUGGAACGGAGAAACCGCAGUGGCAUCAUCAGCGCUCCACUCAGCAAAAGCCUGAAGCGUUCAAGAGCUCUCUCGCAGUACAUCGCAACCUGCUCGGCCGCCGCUGUGGCCAGUGUCGCCAACGCUAACAGACUCGCCCAGAGCUCAAUGGUGGCGGCAGGUGUCAAAGCUCACUCUGCCGCUAGCCAGCACAGGUCACAAGUCGGGUACGCCAAACUGGACCGGGCUGCAUUGAUGUCUGGUCUUCUGGACUCUCCGAGUGGCCUGCAUCUCGCCCAGGCCGCAGAGCUCCUGCGACGGGCGGGGAUGCUGCUUCCUGUCAGCGACCCGUCCAGUGUCAGUGUGGGCGGGGACAUGGAGACCGUCUCUGCUUCUGAUUCGCUGGGCAGUGUGAUGGACUUCCCGUUGCUUGGCAAUGGCGGAGUGGGCGGGAGUUUUCCUUAUCACCCGGGGCUGUUCAUAAUGACGCCAGCAGGAGUGUUCCUCGCGGAUGGGGCGCUCUCGCACGUGACAGGCACGUCGGAACACCAGCAAACGCAGAGCGAGAUUUCUUCAGCCAUCAGCGCUAAUGGGAAGAAAAAGCGGAAGCGAUGCGGCCUCUGUCCACCUUGCCGGCGCAGGAUUAACUGCGAACAGUGCAGCAGCUGCCGCAACCGCAAAACCGGCCAUCAGAUCUGCAAGUUCCGCAAGUGCGAAGAGCUCAAAAAGAAACCUGCUGGCGGGCUGGAGGUAAGAUGAAGGUGAUGCUGCCAACCGGAGCUCCUUUCCGAUGGUUUCCGUAGGGCAGCUUGACCCUCCCCCCAUGACUUCCAUCCCAUAUGGAAAGGACUCCCGAUGGACGGUGACGCCCUCCCCCUCGGAAAGCUGUGGGGCUUGUAAACACUAGGUGCAAACAAACAAAUAAAACAACCGAAGAGCAGAAUUAAAGCACUAUUUGAGAAUGAACAUGUCCUGAACCAAAAAUAAACAGUGAAUGGCGGAAUGUCAUUCUGUUUUUCUUUUUUCCCGUGUUCCAUUUUGGAUCCAUCUGAGUUCUACUUCGGAAUCUUGCCCUUUAUUGGAUGCUUUGGAACUAUUUGCCGCCAAAUGGUAAACGGACAAUCAUUUUUAUUUGUGUUUAGUGGUUUUGUUUGUCCAUGUGUGGAGAAAUGCCGUAAUUUUGUUUAGAGAAUGUAAUCCCAAGGCUCUGUUUUAAAGCUUGUGAUAAUUAAGGAGCACUAUUGUAAUUUAGCACAGUGGUUCUUACUGACUGCCUCAAUGUUACGAUUGCCUUUUUAUGUCAAGUUUUGUUUGUUUAUUUGUUUUUGUUUUUUAUUUGUUAUUCAGUUUUCAAGUUGCUCAAUAUUUGAUACGAAGACGACCCUGAAAAACGCUCCAAUGUAGCAUCCUUUACUUCAAACAUGCUUGAAAGGUCCUUUUGGGUUUGUCGUUCUGGUUGUUUGUUUUUAAAUACUGUAGGUCUGCUGGGAUUGGAGGGUGAAGCUGAUGGAACUACACAAUGUAGACCAGAUGAUGGUGUAUUUGUGUACCAGCUAUGUGUAGGACUCACCUCCUUUUUCUUAUAGACUUAUGGGAUUGGUCAGAUGGAAGACAUGGUCCUUAGCAGAUCUUGGCCUCCAAAAUUCAGGACAUUAUUGAUGUUUUAUGAUAAUAUUUCUAUAAUUAGGAUGUUUUAUUGCUGAUUUACACCAAGACCUGAAUUUCAGUACUCCUUUAAGUCCUUUUCACAUGGUUAACUCCAUUGAUCUCUAGUUGUGGCAAGCGAUUGUUAUAGACAAGGAUUACCAGACAAUUCACUAUUGCGACACAUUGAGUUGUAUGACACAACUUUAUUAUGAGAAAAGUUUCAAGAACUCUUAUUCGACAAGCGAUUUUCUUUCUGUUUUGAGCUUACAAACAUGAGCUCUUUCAUUUUCAUUGUGUAUGGUUCUCUGGUUUCUUUCUUCCCAGCAACGGUAUAAAAUCACCCUUCUGUAAUGGUAUCUUUUCAUGUAAGCGUCAAAACAUAAGAUGCUUUUGUUGAGACUUGGAUCGAAUCCUUGAUGCUAAUCAUGUGAAAGGGGCUUAAGGCCAUCCACAUAACACAGACACCAUGUUGGAUAAGUGACUUUUUUUUUGGCUGCAAUUGUCUUUUCUUUUUUUUCUUUUUAUGCUGAAAUCCUACUGAACAGGUUCACCCCAGUUUAAAUACUGAUCUAGUUUAAGUGAAAUGCACAGUACCAAAAUGAUUUCAAGUCAAAAUCCAACAGCACACCAUUCUCGUGCCGUAUGGGGCCAAAUUUAUCAUUCUGCGUAAAUGAAUGCAUGUAUUUGUGUCCAAAGCCAACCAUUCUGAGGUCUUGGCAGUCCUCAAUUUAAUAAACCAAGGUGCAAACCAAA